UACAAGCCAUUUAUAUAGAAACCCUCUCUUUCUUCUCGUCGAUCGCCCUACUGCAGGCUACAACCCUUUACUCGCAGCAGAAUGGAGCUUCCGAAGAACCUUUUACCCGACGAAGCAAGCCCGGAGUGGAUGAACAAGGGCGACAACGCGUGGCAGCUAACCGCCGCCACGCUCGUCGGCCUCCAAAGCAUCCCGGGCCUCGUGAUCCUCUACGGCAGCCUGGUGAAAAGUAAAUGGGCUGUGAACUCGGCGUUCAUGGCCUUCUACGCCUUCGCGGCAGUGCUCGUCUGCUGGGUCGGGUGGGGUUACCGGAUGUCGUUCGGCGACGAGCUAGUCCUCUUCUUAGGGAAACCGGGAGUGGCGUUGGAUGAGGAGUAUCUUCUCGGGCAGGCGUUCCUGGGGUCGUUCCCGACGGCGACGAUGGUGUUCUUUCAGGGAGUGUUUGCGGGGAUCACUUUGAUAUUGAUAGCGGGUGCGCUUCUGGGGAGGAUGAAUUUUCGUGCAUGGAUGUUGUUUGUGCCGCUUUGGGUUACGUCUUCAUACACAGUGGGUGCGUUUAGUAUAUGGUGCCCAGAUGGGUGGUUGGCGAAGCUUGGGAUUAUAGAUUUCUCGGGAGGAUAUGUUAUUCAUCUCUCUGCUGGUGUUGCUGGAUUCACUGCAGCUUAUUGGGUGGGCCCGAGGACUGACAAGGAUAGGGUCCAUAGGGAGAGUUUCGCACCAAACAACAUAAUUCUGAUGCUUGCGGGCGCAGGGUUGCUUUGGAUGGGGUGGACAGGAUUCAACGGUGGGGGUCCGUUCGCGGCCAGCAGCGACGCAUCUCUGGCCAUCCUUAACACCCACGUCUGUACAGCGACGAGCCUCCUCACGUGGAUCAUCCUUGACACCUCUUUCUUUGGCAAGCCCUCCGUGAUUGGUGCCGUACAGGGAAUGAUCACCGGCUUGGUUUGCAUCACACCUGCUGCAGGAGUUGUGCAAGGUUGGGCAGCCAUCCUGAUGGGCAUAAUCUCAGGAAGCAUUCCAUGGUACACAAUGAUGGUGCUCCACAGGAAGGUCAACUUCCUAAGACAUGUUGAUGAUCCGAUGGCCGUUUUCCACACCCACGCCGUUGCCGGAAGCCUCGGCGGAAUUAUGACAGGCUUUUUGGCGGUGCCUAAGCUGUGCCGGAUGUUUUAUAUGGUGCCUGAUUGGGAAAAGUACAUUGGCCUAGCAUAUGGCCUUCAAAAUGGUCGAGUUUCAGCUGGAUUACGACAAAUGGGGAUUCAACUUGGAGGAAUUAUUUUCGUAGUUUGCUUGAACGUCGUCACAACUAGCUUGAUUUGCUUGUUGAUUAGGUUCAUAGUUCCUCUGAGAUUGGAGGAUGAUGAAUUGCAAAUUGGUGACAAUGCAAUACAUGGAGAGGAAGCUUUUGCCUUGCAGGCUGAGAGAGAGAGAUUUCUGGAUCCAAAGAUUAAUACAUUUUUUGAUGCACAAGAGUUCUCGUCUACUGCUUCAAGCUAUAUUGGUGAACUUCAAAUGGUAUGAAACUUGUUUGGGCUUAGCCCAAAAAAAUCAAAGGUUAAGUUCAAACCAUCUUGGAGGUUGGUUUG